AUGUUGCUAUUGUUGCUACUCAUAGCAAGUGUUUGUUCAGCAUCAGCAAACACUCAAACAUAUACAGAUACAGAUACAGAUACAUAUACAAAUGCAGAUGCAGAUAAAGAUAAAGAUACACAGACAUCAUCACAAUGCCAACAUUACUCAUUGUCAAACUUGACACCGACAAACUAUGGAUAUACGGGUGCACUCAAUCUGGUCAAUCCCGGCCCGUACGGCGGUGAUGUAAAGACAUUGCAACUGUUUGUCUACUUCCAAACGCAGCAGAUCGUUCGCAUCAAGAUUAUCGACCCGACCACGCAACGUUGGGAGGUACCCUAUGUCAACCAAAUGCCAUUGCCCACCAACAAGCCACAAUUCAUCGACUACAACAUCAAGUUCCAACGCGAUAACUUUGGAUUCUCAAUCACCCGAGUCUCCAAUGGCGAGGUGCUCUUCAACACUUCACCGCCAGCCGACUGCUACACAAGUGGCAUGAUCUACGAGGACAACUACCUCGAAAUGACAAAUAGGUUCCAGGAGACUAAUCCAAACUUGUAUGGAUUGGGCGAGCGCGUGGCACCACUGAGGCUACAGAACAACUUCACGUAUACACUGUUUGCAAAGGACCAGGGCACGCCAGUCGACCUCAAUCUGUACGGCUCGCAUCCAUUCUACAUGCAUCUGAGCCCGAGUGGCAACGCGUUUGGCGCAUUCUUGCUCAACUCUAAUGCCAUGGACGUUGUGAUGCAACCACGCUCGUUAACAUACAAGGUGAUUGGAGGUGUGUUUGACUUCUUCUUCUUCAUGGGUCCGACACCAGAGAGUGUCGUGCAGCAGUACUCCCAGGUGAUUGGCACGCCCUACAUGCCGUCCUAUUGGUCACUUGGCUGGCACCAAUGUCGUUGGGGCUACAAGAGCGCCAAUGAGACAUUCGAGGUCAUCUACAAAUAUGCUCAAAACAACAUACCAUUGGAGACUAUGUGGAAUGACAUUGACUAUAUGAACAUGUUCCAGGACUUCACUCUCGACCCAGUUAACUUCCCAGCUGAUGAGAUGAAGUUGAUGAUUGAGUAUCUGCAUACCAACAAUCAACACUACAUCAUGAUCAUUGAUCCAGGCAUCAACACAGACACCUCCUACGCACCUUACAAUCAACUUUUAAGCUCCGGAGGAUACAUUACUAGACCUGAUGGAUCGGCUUAUGUUGGAAAGGUGUGGCCAGGAUUUACUAUCUUCCCAGACUUCUUUAAUCCAGCAACGACUCACUUCUGGCAGGGACAAUUGGCAGCCUUCCACGAUAUGGUCCAGUACGAUGGUAUCUGGAUCGACAUGAAUGAGGUGUCCAGCUUCUGCAACGGCGAUGUAUGUUCAUCUCAGUUAACAUCAGACAAUAGCCACGCUGCUCAGCAGCAGGUGUCAUUGCACAGCUUCGACCCCAACAACCCACCAUAUCUGCCAGGCAAUGUCAGCCUGGACAUGCACACCAUCAACCUCACAUGUGUACAGUAUGGAAAUAUGUCAGUGUACAACACACACAACCUGUAUGGAUACAGUGAGACAAUGGUCACUGUGGCCGCAGCAAUCGACAUCUUACAGACGCGCGCCACGGUCAUCUCGCGAUCCACCUUCCCCGGCUCUGGUCAUCACGCAGGUCAUUGGCUGGGUGAUAACAACAGUGAGUUUGCCGACAUGUACUACUCAAUCCCAGGCAUACUCAACAUGAACAUGUUUGGCAUCCCCAUGGUUGGCGCAGACAUCUGUGGCUUUGGCGGCAACACAACAGCUGAGCUAUGUGCACGCUGGAUGCAACUUGGUAACUUCUAUCCUUUCUCUCGCAAUCACAAUGCAAUCGGAUCGAUGUCACAGGAACCUUAUACAUUCAACGAGGAGGUCACGGCCAUAUCGAUCGCAGCUAUCAAUGGAAAGUACACACUGUUGCCAUUCUACUACACGCUGUUCUAUCAGGCACAUGCACUGGGCACGCCCGUCGUCCGUCCUCUAUUCUUUGAGUUCCCGAACGACCCCAACACCUACGCACUCGAUACCCAGUUCCUGGUUGGCACCAGCCUUCUAGUGUCGCCCGUGUUGGAUCAGGGCGCCACGGCAGUGGUUGCCUACUUCCCAGCCGGCCCCUGGUACGACUACUUCAAUGGCACCAGGGUUCCAGACAGCCUGUACGCGACACUGGUGGCGCCACUCAACGUAAUCAACGUGCACAUGCGUGGUGGAUCAAUCAUCCCAACUCAGCCCACCUCAGUCUACAAUGUAUCGGGCUAUCCAAUCACCACGACGAUUGCGCGAACCCUGCCACUCCGACUGCUGGUGGCCAUCGACAAUAACAACCAGGCGUCUGGCCAGUUGUACGUGGACGAUGGAAUCUCGCCCAACACAUACGAGGAUGGACAGUACACUUUGGUCAACUUCCAGCUAAAUCUGAAAGACCAGAUCUUUGCUCUGGAGGCGUCGAUCAUUCAGCAAGGCUAUGCUGAUGCUGACAACAUGUUCAUGGAGACGGUCACUGUGUAUGGCGCUGCCGACCCAGUGACACAAGUGAUGGUCGAUGGACACGGCUACACAGACUUCACAUACGAACAAUCCACUCAAGUGCUCUCGAUCAUCAACCUGAAGCUGCCCGUCUCUGGAAUGUUUGUGAUCAACUGGUACAGUGAUUGA